AUGGAGCUGGGCAGCUGCUUUGAGACCUACGAGGACUUCAAGGAAUGCUUCAGCGCCUACAAAAAAGAGAACAGGUGCUCCUUCAUUCCCAGAGACUGCAUCUCCGUCCGCUUCCACAACCUCAACCAGGGCACCUCCAUCCGUGAGGACAUCCUAUAUGUGCAGGUGAAAUUUGUCUGUAUUCGGACCCAGUCAAACAGGAAGAGAACACCAGCAGCGGACAUGUGCCCAGCGUACUUGUUCCUGCGGUACGAUGAGAAACUGGAUAGACUGUUUAUCAGUGAACUGAACACCAAGCAUAUACACAGUGACUCUAAAACUGUGGGUCCUGGGGGAGACCCUGCUGGCAGAUUUCAAAAGGCAAUGCACCUGCAGAAACCCCAGCCUAUACGACCCCCCUUUGACAAAGCCUUUGACGCUGAGAAGUCCCCAGUCGAACCGUCGUUGUGCUCAGAUGAGGUCCAGAUGCCCCCAAAGCCUGAGCAGGUCGGCAUCACCCCUUCUGACCUGGCCGGUAUAGCAAAAGUGAUGAGGAACUUUCUCAGGAUAGAUGAAGGCUCCAUGGCCUCCCUCAGCGUGGGCAACAGCCAGGACCUGGACCGGCUCAGCUUCCAGAGCAGCAAGAUGAGCGACCUGUUCGCUCGCUUCCCAGAGAAUCUCCUGCUGCACCGGGUGGAGAACGCCCAGGGCCACAUCCUCUAUGCUUUCCUGGUGGAGAACAAGGAACGAGAGGGGCGAGUGGUACACUUUGCCGUGCUCAAGGCUGAGACAGCCAGCUCCGUGGCCAAGAUGCUAAGCAUCUUCACAGAGUUCAACUCUGACUGGCCCAAGGUCAAGGUGGUCUUCGUGGACCCAUCCUUCCCUCACCGAGCCAUCCUGCAAGAGCUCUUCCCUGCUGCCCGCAUCCUCCUCUCCAUAUACCACACCACCCGGCUCUUGGAGAAGAAGUUGCACCGUAGUUCAGCAAAUGCUUCCUUUAAAAGGCUCAUGAAGGAAGCCCUGCGGGAGGCCGUGUUUGUCACCUCCGAGGCCAGCCUGCAGAACCUCUCUCACAUGUCCCAAGCCCUGCUGGAUGAGGAGCUCUUCGGCUUCCUGCAGGCCCACUGGUUCUCCUGUGAACUGCUCUGGUACAUGCACGUCAGGAAGGGCCUGCACGCAUGUAACACCUACAUGGACAGCCUCGACGUCGUCACCAGCAAGGUGUCAAGCCUGUUUCGGGAACAACAGUCCCUGCUUGACUGCAUCCUGCACUUUGUGGAUUACAUGGACUUCUUUAACACCAAAGGCUUGAAAAACCUGCCCACGGCCCCUCCCAAGCUAAAGAGGGCCCGGCCACCAGGGGGUAUGUCACCAAAGUCCAGGAAGACUUUGGGAACCUGUGAAGGGACCUUUACUAGGCCUUCCUGGCUCCCUGUGGUAGAGACAAAGCUAGACCCACAGCAGCGGCAGGUCCAGUGUUCCCAGGGUGGCAUGCUAGAUGCUUUGCACCAGAGUGGCUCCGAGCUGGCCUAUAAGCUGUGCCACAGUGAGUGGGAGGUGGUGCAGAACUCCACCCACCUGGUGAAUGUGGUUGGCUCCUCCGUGGACAUUCAGCUGCUCGAGAACUCCCACCAGGCCAGCAAAGACGGCUGCAGCUGCAGCUGUUCCUUUCAACAGCGGUACCACCUGCCGUGCCGGCACAUUUUGGCCCUGCUGCACACCGGCCAGCAGCCUGUGAGUGAAGCCAUGGUGUGCCACAGGUGGCAGAAGAGGUACCAGCACCUCCUUGGGCCCGGUGGAGAGUUCCAGGACCCAGUUCUGGUCCCAAACACAGGCCAGCUCGAGAAGCAAGGACGGAACGACCUGAUCCAGGACCUUAGCAGGGAGCUGGCCAACCUGCUAAUGCAGAGUGAAGGGCCCGAGCUGGAGGAGCGCUGCUCCACCCUGCGCAAGAUAGCCGACAGCUGGGCCGACCCCGGCCAGCCGCCCAAGCCCGGUCAGCAGCCUGGGGACUUCAAGGAUGUGGGCCACCUCCCUUUCCUCUGGGGAAAGCAGGAGGAAGGGGAGGGGCUCCCUCCUGCUGAAGCCACGAUUCAUGAUUGA